CUCAUUGAGUCCCCGUGAACCCAAUGACCCUAGAAAGUUGGGUAGGAGCUGUGCUGUUGCCAGACUCCACAGCUAGAGUCCUGUUGAGUCCCCGAGACCCCUGCCUAGGGGUAGGUUGCCGCCUGUUGCCUGAGGCCCCUGCCCGGUGGUACGUUACCGCCUGUUGCCCGAGGCCCCUGCCCAGUGGUAGGUUGCCGCCUGUUGCCCGAGCCCCUGCCCAGGGGUAGGUUGCCGCCUGUUGCCCGAAGCCCCUGCCCAGUGGUAGGUUGCUGCCUGUUGCCCGAGACCCCUGCUCAGGGUUAGAUUGCCGCCUGUAGCCCGAGGCCCCUGCCCAGGGGUAGGUUGCCACCUGUUGCCCAAGACCCCUGCUCAGGGGUAGAUUGCCGCCUGUUGCCCGAGUCUCCAAUCCGCAGGGGGAGAUUGCCUGCCUGUCGCUGAAAACCCCCUG